CAGAACUUUUGCUGUUUGGUUUUUUGUCUUCUAAGGAGCGGUCACAAUGGAGACUAUGAAACCAAAGGUGAAAGUGCUAAAGAAGCGUCGCUCUAGUCUUUUUGCAACCGUAAAACGGGAAAUUAGUUUUUCACAAAGCAUUGAAGAACAGGAGCAUGAAUUUCCUUUUUCACAGGACAGCUCAGUGAAACCAUGGACAUCUAUGAACAACCUUGAUGCUCCUGAUGAGAAAAAAAAUGAAACAAAAGAUCAGACCAAAGACGCACCAAACCCAAGGCAGUCAAACAUCGUCAACCUCAACGUGGGUGGAAAGGUGUUCCACAUCCCGAAACAUUUGGUCCUCCGACACCCAAAAACAAGGAUUGGUGUCCUUGCCCUCUGCGAUGAUCCAGUCAAGCGUCUGACACUCUGUGACGAUUACAAUGUUCAGAACAACGAGUUCUUUUUCGACAGGGACCCCAUGUUUUUCCACUACAUAUUCCACUUUUACUGCAGUAAUGUCCUGUGGGUUAUGGACAGCCUUUGCCCUGUCAACUUUGAGGAAGAGAUGUCAUUCUGGGGACUGAAACUGAAGGACACUCCAAGGUGCUGCCGUAUUCUGUUUGAGGAAAAAGUGGAUGACAUCAGAGACCAACUCAAGGUCAACCAGGAGCUGCUUGAUGAGAUUAAACCUCACCAGGAUGACGAAGGAUACAAGAAUAUGUUUCUUGGAGACCUUCGAAAGGCUCUCUGGGACCUGAUGGAGAAUCCCUACUCCUCAUUGUCAGCCAAAGCCUUUGCUGUGUUUUCCAGUCUCUUCGUGCUCAUCUCGAUUGUUGCCAUGACAAUGAAUACAGUGAAAGAACUCAGGCAGUACAAACUCGCUGGCAAAACCUACAUGGAGUGGAUAGAGAUCGCUUCCAUUCUUUUCUUCACCUCAGAGUACUUUCUGCGGUUAGUCACCACAUCCAACAUCAAACAUUUUGUGAAGAGUGCCCUCAACUUUGUUGAUAUGGUGGCUGUUAUGCCCUACUUCAUCCAGAUCAUUUUUGAGACAUUUGUUAUAGAUGCAGAAGAUGUCAGUGGGCAGCAAGAUUUGAAGACCAUGGCUAGGGUCAGUAAAGUCAGCAAGGUGCUCAAGGUCGUCAAGCUGAUGCGCAUCUUCCGUAUCUUGAAGCUUGCCCGUCAUUCUACAGGCAUGAGAGCAUUUGGUUUCACCAUCCGCCAGUGCUCUGAGCAGGUGUGCUGUCUGUUUCUAUUCAUUGCCAUGGGCAUCUUCACCUUCUCUGCUCUGAUGCACUCUGUGGAAGUGGAUCAGCCCGGGACACCAUUCAGCAGCAUACCAGAUGCCUGGUGGUGGGCUGCGGUCAGCAUCUCUACUGUGGGCUACGGAGAUGUUGUCCCUAUCUCCUAUCUUGGCCGCUGUGUGGCUUUUGGCUGCAUCUCGUUUGGCAUCAUCCUCAAUGGCAUGCCCAUCUCCAUUCUGUUCAACAAGUUCUCCGACUACUACGCCAAGCUGAAGGAACAGGAAUACACGUAUUCAAACACAGAGCGCACCUUCCAGCUCAAGAAACGUCUGAGGCGUAAGUUUGACGGCUGCUUUGAACCCCAGCCAGACGACUCCGAUGAUGAGAUACACUACCGGCCCAGUGGAAGGCAAACCAUCCGUGAGAGCGAGGACUGAGAGAAGCUGCCUGGUCACUAAGUCGCUAACCCUAAAUGGCCUUAUCACCCAUGGGUGUAGAAAGUGUGAGACCCCAUCUGCCUCCAACUCUGAGCCUGUGUGAUUUAAGAUAAACAAUCUAAGGGGGGGGGCAAAUGAGGCAGCAGCAAGUUGAGAU